UAAUUCUCAGCCAUUAUAUACAAUAAUUAAUAAAAAUGUCCUUUGGAGGAGCAGGUGGAAACCCAUUAGAACAAAAACUUCAAUUUGAAAUGGUCUUCGGAGUCAUCUCAGGCUGCUUCGAAGAUUGCGUCAAUGAUUUCAGAAGCAAUACCAUGUCAGAAGGAGAGAAAACAUGCUUAUCUAACUGUGCUGCCAGACAUGCAGGUAUUCAAGAACUCAUUGUCCAGGCUCAAAAUGAGCUCCAAGGAGGAAUGGGAGGAGGCAGUGGAUUUUAGCUCUCCCUAGAUAAUAUAAUUGUAAA